AUGAUCCUAAUCAAACAACUCAAUGGGAUCAACCGUCUUCGUUUGACUUUUGUCAACAACUCGGAGGCCGCUGCGUUUUACGCUGAACUGUCUCGAUUUGCUCAAGUCCGGAAAGCUAUGUCUGAGUCAACCUUGCCAGAGAGCAACGUGGAAGAGCAUCUGGAGCGGACUUUGGACUCCAUCGGGAAAGGGAUGCCACAGACAACGUCAUGGACCACUGAAUGGCCCACCAAAAGUCUUGAAGGCUUGGUUCGAUUAUGCUUGAUCGAUCCCAAUUUCCCCGGCUAUGUGAAACAGGUACAUAACGCUAUGAAGAAACUUACACUACUUGACAAAACCUCGCUUGUCUACAAUAAAAACACCUAA